CGAGUAAACUUUCACGUGCCAAUCUAGUAAAUCUACUAAUCUCUCCCAACAUCGAACACACAAGCAUGAUGACGUAUUCUAGCUUUCUGUUUUUAAUAUUUAUUGCUCCAUUUGUUCUUAGUUCUGGCGAUUUUCAAAGAUGGAAACUGAGAUUCAGAAGGCAGUACAAUAGCUCGGAUGAGGAGAGGUACAGGUAUGAGAUCUGGAAGACAAACUUGAACAUAGUGGAUCGUCACAAUAAAGCCAGUGAUUCCAGCUUCCAACUGGGAAUGAACCGGUUUGCAGAUCAGGUUCGUGUGGGGAACAGGGAACGCAUUCUCCACGACAGAGCGGUGUUGUCAUUCGCCUGGGAAACGCCAUUUGUUGAAGAUGUUCCCGAUUCAUUUGAUUGGCGCACAAAGGGUGCAGUAUCUCCAGUAAAAAAUCAGGGACGUAUUGGAAGCGCCUCAGCUUUUGCUACACUGGACUCUAUUGAAAGCAUGCAUUUUAUCAAGACUGGAAAACUUGUUGAACUCAGCAUUAAUGAAUUGACACAGUGUUGUAAUUCUUCACUUCUAAAUGAAGAAUUUGCGUGUGUACAGAAACUUGGAGGUCUUUGCGAUGCUGCUAGCUAUCCAAGUUCAUUUGCAUCUUGUCAGAGCAGUAAAUGUACGCCCGUGGCAAAGGUGGUAGACGUGAAGAAGACAAAACGGGGAGAUGAAGAGGCAUUGAAGGUAGCGGUGUACAGGCAGCCUGUUCUGGCAGCUAUAGACGCCAGCCACAGCUCAUUCCAGCUGUACAGGAACGGUGUAUACUACGAGAAGAGCUGCUCGUCACAAAGACUAGACCACGCCGUCCUAGUAGUAGGCUAUGGAUCCCAAGGGGGCAACGAUUUUUGGAUUGUCAAAAAUUCUUGGGGGGUUGAAUGGGGCAUGAAGGGAUACAUACUUAUGAGCAGAAAUAGGAAUAACAACUGUGGCAUUGCUACAAGUGCAAUGUGUCCAGUCGGCACAUAAGGGAAGCGACUCUUGUCGUCGAAACAAAUGUACGCUGGUGUGCUUUAUGUACUGAAAUUACUCGUUAUCCAUAGGCAUUUAUUUUUUGAUAACUGAAUAUUUUUGUUUUGCGUAUGUAAUGGCCAGGAGGGAAAAUAUAUAACAUUUGAUGAGAAACUAUGUACUAAUUUCAGUAUGUAAAUUCACACUCUUAUUCAUGUUAGUGCGAAA